GGAUACGGGUUGUGGUGGAGGCGGGUGAAAUUAAUAGGCAAAAGAAAGAGAAAAAAAGUUAGAACAACUUUGAUUAAUUGAUAGAAUUUGGUGAAAAAGAAACAAGCUAAAGCUUAGGUAGUCCUUCACCGAGAAGACGAGAAAGAUGAACGGCGGUCCCUCUGGUUUCAACAAUGCGCCAGUCACGAGAACAUUCGUUAUCGCUUGUGCCCUUUUCACCCUUUUCUUUGGGAUCCAAGGCGGCUUUGCCAAGCUUGGAUUGUCGUAUCAGGAUAUUUUCUUGAAACCACGUUUAUGGAAGCUUAUUGUGUCAGUUUUUUCCUUUUCAUCUACACCAGAACUUCUGUUUGGACUUUAUCUUCUAUAUUACUUCAGGGUCUUUGAAAGACAGAUAGGUUCCAAUAAAUACUCGGUCUUCAUUUUGUUCUCUAUAAUAGUUUCAUUACUGUUUGAGGUCCUUGCUCUAGGAUUCCUUAGAGAUCCCACACCAAACUUAGUCACAACUGGACCUUAUGGUGUUAUAUUUGCUUCAUUUGUACCCUUUUUCUUUGACAUUCCUGUAUCAACACGGUUUCGUGUCUUUGGUGUUCACUUCUCUGAUAAGUCUUUCAUAUAUCUGGCUGGUCUUCAGCUUCUUUUAUCAUCCUGGAAAAGAUCUGUCUUGCCAGGGAUGUGUGGCAUCUUUGCCGGAUCAUUGUAUCGUCUUAAUAUCUUUCACAUCCGGAAAGCCAAGUUUCCAGAGUUCAUAACUUCAUUCUUCUCACGGCUUUCUUGGCCAUCUAUGGGGAGUCCGCAUGGAGCAACGGCAAGGAAUAUUGCGGGAAGUGUGCCAUCCUACACAGGUCGCCAAGUGGAAAGAAACUACCCUACUCCCAUAGUUCCUCCUGUGGAGCCCCCAGAGGACUCUAUUGCCACAUUGGUUUCCAUGGGUUUUGACAGGAACUCAGCCAGACAGGCACUUGUGCAGGCGAGAAAUGACAUAAAUGCCGCAACAAACAUCCUUGUUGAAUCGCAGUGACACCGAUUCAUGUAAGUUAGUGUGGUGAAAUGAAACUGCGACUGUUGAGUCAGCAACUGAAACCCAUAAAUUCCAAGACAUGGUGACUAAACAGAUAAACCCAAUAUGAUGACCAGGCUGAUGUCUUUACCGGAGCUAAUCAAGUUGUUCCCAUCAUCAUUCGGAAGCAUUUUUUUUUCUGUUUAUUUUCAUCCCUGUUAAUUUUAAUUUAUUAUUCUUAAAUUAAGUUUUAGUAUUCUUACACUAGCAUGGCCAAAACUUAGGACCCCAAACAAUUGUUUACAUCUUAUUGGAAAACAUGUCCAUGGUAAUGUAAGUACAUAGUUGCCUUCAUCAAGUUGCAGCCUGUUUAAGCAA